UUAUUAUCUAUAAACCUUGAUGGACGAUAACGACGAUUGUCGGCGAGACUGCGGUAUGUUGUUAUUCGAUAGCGUACGAGUAGCUGUACACGUGGUCUAGUCGCCAUCGAUAUUCGUUUUUCGCUUUGUAUCCGCUCGUCCGCGACAAUCGUUCGCGAGCAUCACGAUCCGUUGUUUAGGCCGGCGAGGACUAGAUUGCAGUCUUAACGCUGUCGAACGCAUUGCCGUCCUGAGCGAUGUCGUCCAGUAAAAUAUUCUUGCAGAACCGAGCUCUCGGAUAUGUCAGCAAUGAUAUUCCACUCGUUACCCGAUACAUACACAUCAGACGAGAAAAUAUCAUAAUCACAUGCGUUGGACGUGCUUUUCACACAUAUAGUUCUGAUAGAUUUCAACUUCUAUCAGUAAGCCCACAACAUGAAACUGACAUAACUUGUUUAGCGGCUGAUAGUUAUCUGGUUUAUACUAGUUGUGGAAAUAAUAUAUAUGCAUGGCGACGAGGGAUAGAAGUAAAACACAUGUAUACAGGUCACAAAGCAGCUAUCAAAUUAUUGUUUCCAUUUGCGGCUAAUUUAGUGUCUAUUGAUGAAUCAGGAGUUCUUAAAAUUUGGGAUGUAAAAAGUGAGAGUUUAUACAAAGAAAUUCAAUUAGACUUCACUGCAACAGCUAUAUGCCAUCCACCAACGUAUACUAAUAAAUUAUUAAUUGGCUCAGCUGAAGGAAAAUUACAGCUGUGGAACAUAAAAACAGGAUCUAUGAUAUAUGAAUUUAAGGGUUGGAAUAGUUGUGUGACCAGCUUAGAACCAGCUCCAGCUGAAGACAUGAUGGCAAUAGGAUUGAGUAAUGGAAAAAUUAUUUUGCACAAUUUAAAGUUUGAUGUAACCAGCAUAAGUUUUACACAAGAUUGGGGUUCGGUUACACGUAUAAGUUUUCUUAUUAAACGACAAUUAAUGAUAACUGGUAGUCCAAAGGGCACUGUAGUAGUUUGGAAUCUCGAGGAAGGAAAAGUUGACAGCUUAAUUAUUAAAGCGCAUCAUGGACCAGUUUGUGGUCUUCAGUGUUUACCUGACGAACCACUUCUUGUGACUUCGUCUUCUGAUAAUUCUUUGAAAAUGUGGCGUUUUGACAUGUCUGAUGGUUCGGCCAGUUUGUUUAAAAUACGUGAAGGUCAUUUCAAACCUCCUGUUUCUAUUCGUUUUCACGGGGCGGAUGGUGCUAGUAUUUUAAGUUCUGGCAAUGAUUCAUCAUUGCGUGUCUUCAAUACAGUCACUGAAAUUGCGAAUAAAAGUUUUGGACGUGCAUCAUAUAAUCGAAAAGCUUCUAAAAAAAAUGGAAAUAAAUGGGCUGAUCCUCUUAUAAUGCCUCCAAUAUCUACUUUCACAUCAGAAACUACACGAGAUAAAGAAUGGGACAGCAUUGUUGCUGUACAUAGAGGCAUACCGACUGUAACUACUUGGUCAUUUGACAAGAGUAAAAUGGGAGAGCAUAAGUUAUGUCAUGAAAGAUUUAAGAAAAAUGUCAGUGGGCAGAAAGGAAUCAGCGCCACAUGUGCAUGUCUUACGCAUUGUGGUAAUUUUGCAGUUGUUGGAUACAGUUCUGGUCACAUUGAUAAGUACAACAUUCAGUCAGGCUUACAUAGAGGAACUUAUGGAGAACCAAUAGCCCAUAAAUGUGUACGUGGAGUCUAUGUAGACACACUUAAUCAAAUAAUGGUAUCUGGUGGCUCUGAUACAUUUUUAAAAUUCUGGAAUUUCAAAAAAUUAAAUUUAUUGUCUAAAUUGGAGUUGGAUGAUACAGUUUCAUUAUUUAGCUGGCACACAGAAAGUUCAUUCCUUGCAGUUGCUUUAGAUAAUUAUAACAUUAGUCUAGUUGAUAUUGAUACUCGCACCAUCAUAAGAAAGUUUACUGGUCACCGAGGUCCUUUAACUGAUUUGACAUUUAGUCCAGAUUCCAGAUGGUUAGUUUCAUCAGCAAUGGAUUCAACCAUUCGUACUUGGGACAUUCCAUCAUCAUCAAUGAUUGAUAUACUUAAAGUUGAUACACCUUGUGUAUCUUUAACAUUUUCUCCAAACGGUAAUAAUCUGGCUACGGCGCACGCCGACCAACUUGGUAUAAUUUUAUGGAUAAACAAAACCAUGUAUAAACAUGUCGGUUUGCAAAAUAUCUCCAAAGGGCAAAUCGAUACUUUUAUUACUAUGAGCGGCCAAAAUGACGCUGGAUGGCAAAGUCUAUUAAAUUUAGAUGCUGUCAAAAAAAGAAACAAACCAGUACAACCACCUAAAGCUCCAGCUGCUGCUCCAUUUUUCCUGCCUACUAUACAAUCAGUAGACUUUCAAUUCGAUUUAAAUGGAGUUGGUAAAACAGAUACAAAUACUAAAAUUCCGGAAACAGUUAUGCAUACUGUUUUUGCUCAACAACUUUUAAAAGCUACUUCGUCAAAAGAUUAUCAAAUUUUAUUUGAUCAAUUAAAAUUAAUGGGACCAUCAGCUUUGAACUAUGAAUUAAGAAGCUUAUCGCCAGAAGCAGGAGGGACUUAUGAAUUAAUAAUUAAAUUUUUAAAUCUUUUAAAUGAAAUAUCAAUCAAAAACAAAGACUUUGAGUUGAUACAAUCAUAUUUGGGUGUAUUUUUAAAAUAUAAUGGACGUGCAUUGGCCCAGCGACCAGAAGCAAUCAACAGUAUUGAGGAGAUAUCAAAACAUAAUGCAUGGGAGCAUUUACAAAAUAACUUUUUAUUAUGUCUAAGUAUUAUUGAAUAUAUGAAAAAUAAUUAAUAAGCA